UAGACAGGCUCUUUUGCAACGCAGGAAUAAAUUAUGUUCAGCGAGUAGGAGGCGAGGUACCUCACUAUCUGGGAAAUAACAAGUCUGACGAAUUCCGCUAUUUUGAUGUGCAAUCGCUGUUUUCGAAGGUCUGUUUUCAAACAUCAGUCAUUUAAAAUAUUGGGAUGACAACCACAACAGCUUGAGACAUCUUCUGAAGAAAUGUGCUGAAAUGUUGACCUUCGAAGUUUGAGUAAGAGUUGCCUGUGUGCGGGAUUUCUAGAUACCUCUUUGGUCAACACACCUCACUAGCUUCAGUAGCCGCCAUAGCACUUGAAAGCUAGGGGGACACGGUGUACAGUAGCUGGACGUGUGGUGACGUGUGGCGCUUUCAUAAAAUCUUCUCUGGAUUGUUUGGUGCACUACAGUGUCCAUGCUGGAUCAUGGCAAGGAAACUAUUUGUGCAUUUCUUGGUUUGUGUGUGUCUGGCGCUUGCAUUGUCAUCAGACAACACCCAUGUUGAGCUGCAACAGGGCAAAACUGGUGUUGUGCACAAUCCUCGCAUGGCCGACAAGACCUUUAACAUCAACGAUAUUGAUUCAGCCUAUUGGCACAAAGGGCUGCCUGAUGGCAACAAAAAAUUCCUGAUUUCAAAUUUUGGAGGUAAAAUCACUUGGGCAUCUGGACUUCCCAUUGGAAAGUACGACCUCACCGCCAACUUUUCCCUUGUGAUCCACAAUGUCUCAUAUUCGGAUGGAGGACCCUAUGUAUGGCAACUAAAACCGAAGGCCUCUGGCCUGCUUGAAGCUGUUGUGAACAUCACCAUUGUUGCACCACCAGAGCGCAUGGAGGAUGUCACACCGACCUCACAACCAGAUGCCUUCCAGCAAAAUAUAGUUGUCAUCGUCGUUGCCAUUUUGGUGGUUGUUGCGAUGGUAGUUGUAUUGGGCGUGUGUAUGUACAAGAAGCGGAAUGAAAGUAGUUGCUGGGAGAGGAGGACACAUCAUGGCGAUCACAAAGCCAUUCCAAUGGAUGACGUAGAUUCCGUGAGAGACACAUUGGCAGAGGAAUUGAAGGAGUUUUAUAAAGAGAACAUGGAAAACACCCGUAUCCAUCCUCUGGAUUCCUCCAUGACAAGGACAACUGAAGAUAUCUACAUCUUUCCAGCUAUGUUUAAACGUAGUCACAAAACCAUCAAGGCUGAAACACCAACAAAGCUGAAAGGUUCCCAAUCCCAGUACCUGGACGACCAGAAGGGGGAACCAGUGAAGUCACUCGACGAUCUGAAGAAGCUACUCAUCAAGAAUAACCACGUGGCUGUCAUAGGCAGUGCGGGAUGCGGCAAGACGGCCUUGAUGGAAAAAAUAGGUUAUGACUGGGCAUGUGAGAACUUUACUGCAUUCAAGUAUGUGGUUAUCCUGCGAAAGAAGGAGAUCUGUGGUACUGCAGGUGUCCUAGAAGCCAUUCGCAAACUUCUGCCAGCAGAUUCAGAUAUCACCAAGCAGCAACUUGGAGAGCAGAUUAAGGAGCACAAGAAAAAGGUGCUGAUGGUAGUGGAUGGUUCGUUUUUGUUAGAGUCAUCAGAUAUGAAUAGGCCGGCAUCGGAAGGUGACUGGUCAUUGAAGGAUGUACUGUCCUUCAAUGCACUCAGAGGAUGUUCUCUGCUGAUCACCAUCAGUAGCCAUCAGCUGGACAAGCUGCGAAACCUCCAUAGCAGGUUCACUGUCAUUGAAACAACUGGCUUCUCACUAGAGAACAUCAAGCAGUACAUUCAUCAGUUCUUUGAAGACUCAGACAAAGGGGAUAACCUCAUCAAGGAAGUUCAGUCUUCUACGAUCUUUGAGACUCUUGCCAAGUCCCCUAUCAUGCUGCAAGUACUGUGUCUGAUAUGGGAGCAUAAAAACAGCCUCCCUCGGCAAAUGGCUAACGUGUAUGAUAGAGCAGUGAAUGUGCUGGCCAAACACAUCUCACAUGAUGGUUCAGACCAGUCAGAUGUCAAGAAGAUAGACGGUUUCAAAACGAGUAUUGGUAAAGUUGCCUUUGGAGGCUUAAUGGAUCCCAACGAAGAAAGAUCUGACUUUUCUGAGGGCGAAUUUCCUGAAGAGUCUCUGCAAUUUGGACUAAGGAUUGGGGUGAUGUCUAAAGAAACCUACACCAUUGCAGAGGGGCAGACCUGUGUUGUCAAGUUCCUGCAUUUGUACCAGGAGUACUUUGCGGCUUGUUUCUUGGUCCAUCAGGGGAACGUGAGAGAGCAGCUCUUGCCACAGGUUACCUGUGAUACCGUACGGAAGAUGGGGAUGCUUAUCCGCUUCUGUUGUGGAAUGAAUGACCGUGCCGAGUCAUUGAUCACUAAUCACCUCAGGGGCCUCAAAGACGGUUUGAAGACACCUGAUGAUGUCGCCUGGCUACAACAACUCAUAGAGGAUCCAUCUGGAUACUAAAGCAUUGGAUCACACUGAUCAUUACACUAUAAGAGGGUCAUCUACAAGACCUGAACUCCAUUGUCCUCUUGUAAUUUGCAGAGACACUUUGAAUCCUUAUUUUCACCUUGAAACUUCUGCUUUCCUAACAGGGGUGAUAUGUGGGGAGUUAUGAAAUCUGUGCUGCGUCCCCGGCUUUAGGUUUAUCCUUGGCUUUAGGUUUAUCCUUGGCUUUAGAGCCAUUUGGAAGCCUUUGAUAAUCAUCCGAAAUAGAAAUACUCCAAACUUUGGCCUUAUACAUGUAUUAGAAGAUUGAAUGUCCUGAAAAGGAAAAGAGGACCCAUAUCACGCUGGAAUCCUCCAAGUCAAGUGCCUAAAAUCUCCUAAAGCUGAAGCCCGAGAUGAUGCAAAGGUUUAAAAAAAAACCCAGAUUUUGUAAGACUUUUUGUUACGGGACAGUCUCUACUUUAAUAAUCCACCGUUUAUGUCACUUGGUGAAUCUUUGCUAAACAAAUAUGUCUUGCCCUUUAAUCCAGUGGACUCCAAGUUCUAAAUUUUAAGCCUGGCGGGUAUUGGCAUGAACUAUGAUUGAAAGGGGUUGGGAGAACAUACAAUAUUCAAAAGAUAUCAAUAGGCUUUCAAUGUUUGUAUUUGUUUAGUGUUUUCAUUUACUUGGAUUUAACCUGCAAAAAAAAGAAAUCAGGUAACCUUUGCAAGACCACAGUAUUGUUACAAGUAGACUUUUUGGAUUUUGUGGUCUAAAGCAAUAAGUUUUUAGUCUGAAAUGUGGUGUCCAGAAUUUAAAACUUGGUCAUACAAAAUAGGACUUCUUUGGCUAUGACAAGUAAUGGUUGAUUUAUUUUCAAGUAAUUCUUUAUACAAUGUAUACAACUGCAAAGAAUGUAGCAUGAACCUAAUUAACAAUAAUGUCUCAUCAAAGAGUAAUAAAUUUUUAGUUCUUGAUGCAUGAGAAAAAGUGUGUAAACCUAGUCUAGAUGAACUUCUUUGCAUAUGACAAGUGCUCAUAUGUUGUAAAUAUCUUAGUGUAACUAAUAUGUAAGCCAAAUUUGACUAAGUAAGUCUUUCAUCGUAAUUGCUUUUGAGAAAUGUAAACCUUGAGGAAGGAUUUUAAUUACCUGCAGAAUUUACAAGUGUUCUUGUAAUGGAUUUAAAGGCAUUUGUGAAAGCCAUUGUGCAUAUCAAGCCAGUAAUGCUUGAAAUGAGAAAUGUCUUCAAAGUUUUAAAGGUUAGACAGUGGUCGCUUUAGAGAGGCAUGGGUCUUUGUGCUUGCAAAGUAGUGUAGCAUACAAGAUAUACUGAUAGUAUGAAGCCUGCGAAAACCAUAAGUGUAUAAUAGGAUUUCACUUUGAUUUCUGAUUUUAAGCAUAUUUGCAUAUCCAUUUAUGGAUUUUUGUUUUUGUAUUUUGCAAUUUAAUAGUUUUUAAAAAUAUAUAUUUACUGAUGUUUGUGGUGUGUGCUGUUUGUAUAUAUAUUCUUAAGGCUGCACACAAUUUUGUAUUUUUUUAAUUUUAUUUCACAUUUGUCCAUACCAUUAAUUUACACUGCCACUAAAUACAAUCUUAGAUUAUAUAGUAAAUUUUUACACAAAUACUUAAAAGAAGAAAAAGUAAUGUCAACAAUCCUUUAACAAAACUCAACAAAUGUUUCUUUUACACUUGUCACUAAGCUGCAAUUACGUGAUUCAACAAUGAUAAUGUAUGAAAUUUUGUUUAAAGAGUACACACAUAUAAAAUAAGGUCGACGUGCGGUAGAUGCAUCUUAGAUAUAGUUAUAAUCGUAUGUAGUUAAUUAAGAUUGACAUCAGAAAAGGUGGAUGGAUGUGCGCUGGGAACACCAUCAAGGGAACCCGUAACCUACAUGGAUAAGCACGAAGUCACUUAAUUAAUACUCUACGCAAUUACAUUUUACUUGAGUUUAUAAAUGUGUUUUUUUCCAGAAUAUUUGUUAGGAGUUUGGGAAAAAGCAAAAAAGAAUCGCUGGACAGAUCAUGUGAUACCAAAAAAUUAACAUCGUUGUAUUACGAGAGUAGACAGCUCUACGCGGCUCAAUUUUGUAGCCGUGUUAUUAUUGUAAAAUAGUUUGCUUGCAAACUGCGUCGAUUUGAUGUAACUUUGUGACUGCAUUAGGUGCAUGUCAACUUUGAAUCGAUGAGUCCUUCAUGAAAUAAUGCAUGUGCAAUAUGAAAUGUAGUAGACCUACAUUUAGUUGCCCUUUGGGCUUGUGUCCACCGUUUUGCGUUUUGUAAGUUGUCAUCAAAAAUGUGCAUUAGUGAAACGAAGUCAUGUAAAGACAAAGGUUUUGGCAACUAAGCACAGUGUUAAUUGAUAGGGGUUGAUGAAAUAUCAACAGUUUAUGCAACUAUCACUUGAUCACGUCGUGUCAAAUUUAAAAAAGAAAAUGAUAAAAAGUGUCGAGCUUGUAAAUUGCAUCAAGCGGUACGGUGCUACGUGCUGAAUUUAUCCAAGUUGUUAUCCUGUGUCCUUUAUCGAGAGAAAAUAAACCAAUGUGCUUUUGCCAAUUAUGCAUUGAAAAUUAAAAAAAAUAAGUGGCUGUAGCGGUGAGUGAA